AUGUAUGUGGACGAUCUUCUGACGGACUCAGACUCUCUAGACGAUAUCUUGAAGGCGCGUGAUGAGAUAAUCACCGUCCUGAAGCGUGGUGGAUUUAACAUCCGGCAAUGGGCCUCUAAUCACAACCAUGCAUUAGAUAACUUAGAUGAGAAGGUUCUGAGCCAGGCACCAGGUGACGAAACAAACACGGUCUUGAAGACGUUAGGCGUUACAUGGGCUUCAAAACGCGACGAGUUGGCUAUCGUAGUCAAACUCAUGGAUGUCCCCCCUAACGUAACUAAACGCAUAAUCUUGUCGGAAAUUGCGAAGAUUUUUAACCCGAUAGGUUUAGUAGGACCAGUAUGUCUGCACGCGAAGUGGAUCAUGCAGGAAUGUUGGAAAGAGAAAAUUUCUUGGGACGAAUCAGUUCCACAAAAUUUGUUUACGCUUUGGAUGGAUUUCGCGAGUCAGCUGUCAUCUCUCUUCAGCGUUUCCGCACCACGCCACGUAGUUUGCGUUAAUCCCUCGCGAAUAGAGAUUGACGGGUUCAGCGACACGAGCAAGAAAGGCUAUGGCACUUGCCUUUACGCUAGAUCCACCGAUAGAAACGGGAAGAUCACAGUGCGAUUGGUCUGCUCGAAAUCUAGAGUCGCCCCUUUGAAAGAGCAGACUAUCCCUCGUUUAGAGUUGUGCGGUGCAGUGACUCUUGUAAGACUUCUCAUAGAAACUCUUCCAGCUUUAGAAUUUUCAAUUGACCGGAUCGUUCUAUGGUUCGAUUCCACCAUAGUCUUACACUGGUUACGUAAGUCCCCACAAGACCUCAAACUAUUCGAAGCGAACCGCGUUCGCGAAAUUCAGGAAUUAGUGGAACGCGCUAGUUGGAGAUAUGUCCCGACUCAGCACAACCCGGCUGACGCUUUAUCCCGCGGACAACUCCCGAAAGAAUUCCUGCGAAAUGAUACGUGGUUUACCGGGCUACUCUGGCUACGGCAUACGGAGGCCUCAUGGCCCGCGAACAUCGUCGAAUCGACUCCGGUUUGA